AUGUUCCGAAAACCAUCUGGAAUAUGUAUUCCUUGCAGGAAGAUACUUUCUUUGUUGGUACCGAGCGAAUAUUUCGUAUCGUCGAAUUCCACCUCGACUUCUUCCGAACUUCUUUAUUCCAACAAUUCAUGCCCACAAAAUUGCGAAUUUCAUUUUGUGGAAUCAAUACCCGAAAAUAUGACUUACCCUGCACAUUCAAGUUUUCCUUCAACAACUGAAAUAUGGAAACGCUUAAUCAGUUCUGCUGAAAAUUCGAUUGAUAUUGCAUCGUUUUACUGGAGUUUACUUCCAGAAAGUGCUGGCAACUACAGGGGUCCAUCAACUCAAGAUGGUACUGAAAUAUAUAAUUCGUUGAUUGAAGCAGCAAAAAAAGGCAUUAAACUGAGGAUUGUUCAAAAUGCACAAAAUAACAACGAAACCAGAACACUAGAAAAUGAGGGACUGGCUGAAGUGCGCAGUUUAAAUUUUUCGAAUUGGUUUCCUAGUGGAGUAUUACAUACGAAAUUUUGGGUAGUUGAUGCGAAGCACUUUUAUUUGGGAUCAGCUAAUCUUGAUUGGAGGUCUUUAACACAGGUUAAAGAACUUGGUGUCGCUGUAUUUAGUUGUGAAUGUUUGGCAGAAGAUUUAAUGAAAGUAAUGAAUGUUUACUGGGAAAUGGGUGCGCCGGGAAAGAAAGUGCCAUCGUCAUGGCCGAAUGAGUUGGCGACUCUUUAUAACGCAAGGAAUCCAAUAGUAGCUACAUUUAACGGUGAAAAAAAUGAUGUUUAUAUUUCGUCUGCACCUCGAAUUUUCUGUCCCAAGGGUCGUAUAGAUGAUCUCGAAGCAAUUUUACAAGUUAUCAGUGCCGCUCGAAAGUUUAUACAUAUAUCCGUGAUGGAUUACUUUCCGGCCACUCUAUAUUUAACAAAUAACAGAUAUUGGCCUGUUAUCGAUGAUGCUUUGCGAAAAGCCGCAUACAAUGGUAUCGAGGUGAAACUCUUAAUAAGCAAGUGGAGAACUACACGACCGACAUUAUUUGCAUUUUUGAAGUCAUUAGCAGUCAUCACUUCAACUUUACCUUGCAAACGAAUGUAUGAUACAAAAAAGAAAAAGCUGAUUUGUAUACCAAACACAACAGGUUCCAUUGAAGUGCGCAUAUUCAUAGUACCAGCAGAAGGCGAUCAUAAAAGUAUUCCAUACGCUCGUGUAAAUCAUGCGAAGUAUAUGGUUACGGAUAAUAGUGCUUUAAUCGGCACGUCGAACUGGUCAGCUGAUUACUUCAUUAAUACUGCAGGCGCUAGUAUAGUGAUACAAAAACAUGACGAGGCUCUAAAUUCUGAGAUAGUUCAUAAUUUGAAUGAAAAAAUCUUCAUGCGUGAUUGGAAUUCUACCUAUGCAUCACCUCUUUCAAACUUUGAUGAUAGAGGUCAUCGGAUCAGAAAUGAUACUACAAUUUCUGAGGAUUAA